UUUGAGUGUUCUCUGUGACUCGAGGGUGUAAGGCACUGUAAGCAGACUACCCGACGGACGUGGAACUACUUUUGUGUGCAGCAGUUGUCCGCCCAUCUCGCUGAGCAAUUUUCUCAACAGCUGCUGGGCGAGCUGCUGCAAUCGCAUGCAUGUGUGAACGAGGUUCAGCUGACACUUGAAGGCCCCGAUGAGACGGGCAUUAUGCAGGCACUGCUCUUUCUUGCUAAGAACCAAGUCCUCAAUUCAUUUUGCUCGCUUGUAUGCCUCAGACUCUGUGCAAGGGCUCGAUCAAGCCAUCAUCGCGCGUGCUCGAAGGCUUGCCGAUCAAUACAAUCAGCUCUCCAAGGAAGCUGCUACUGAUACUGAUUUUACACCUGAGACUGCACAGCGCCAGAAACGUCUCAGUGAGCUCGAGCAAGUCAAUGCUGCUUGGACUGCAUGGCGUGCUUCACAAGAUAAUUUGAAGGAGCUGCAAGGAUUAAUGCAGUCGACUGAUGAUGCAGAAAUGAAAGCUCUUGCUGCAGAAGAUCUUGAGAUCACUCGACAAGAGCUUCAAUCUUGCUCUGAUGAAUUGGAAAAGAGUAUCAUGCCGAAACAUCCGCAAGCACACUUGCCUGCACUUCUUGAGAUUCGUGCUGGUGUUGGCGGCGAUGAAGCGAAUCUAUUUGCUGGAGAUUUACUACGGAUGUAUGAAAAGUAUGCUGCUAGUAAGCGGUGGACGAUUCAGCUCUACAGCAUCUCGAGAACAGAGAUUGGCGAUGGCAUCACAGAGGCUGUUCUAAGUAUUAGUGCAGGCAAGCGCCAAGGUGAGGUCUUUGGCAGACUUCAAGGCGAAGCAGGAGUCCAUCGUGUUCAACGAACUCCUGCAACAGAGACAAAGGGCCGGACACAUACAUCGACAGUCAGUGUGCAUGUCUUGCCAGAGGUGGAUGAUGAUGCUGAGCAGGCCUUCAAAUUGGACAUGUCGGAAGUCAAGCUUGAGGUGAUGCGAUCGCGUGGGGCAGGUGGACAGCACGUCAACCGGACAGAGUCAGCAGUGCGCUUGACUCAUAUCCCAACAGGCCUCUCAAUUUCCAUGCAAGACUCGCGCUCACAACACGCAAAUAAACGAGCAGCCAUUACAAUAUUGACGUCCAAGCUGGCUGCGCUGCGACAAGAUGAGGCAGAUGCAGUGCAAGUUGGAUUACGCAGACAGCAAGUCUCGAGCAGUGACCGCAGCGAGAAGAUUCGAACGUACAACUUUGCGCAGAAUCGGGUCACGGAUCAUCGAUGUGGAUACAGUAGUCAUGACCUGGAAGGUGUCCUGGCUGGUGGUGAAGCCUUGGAUGGUAUGCUUGAUGAAGCUGGCAAGUGGAUAGCCAAGCAGGCAUUGCAGGCUUCGGAAGAAACUUGAAGUAGGAUAUUAUGUCAAUCGAAAGAAUACGUUGCCAG